UACAGUGUGGUAAGGGGUGACUAGGAGUUCGUUGAUGGUCUGGCCGUGCUGUAUGAACAGGCGGCCUCCCCCGACUUUCUACCCUAGCCAGGGCAGAAUUUGAAUGGUAUCUUUGACCGGCACAAAUAAUCCAUUUACGCCAGUCUCCCACACUUUGACUUUGAAAGAUUGAUGGUUCUCAGUAUCUAUCUUUGUUAGGACCCAUGCGCGAUUUCUUUAACUCGACUUGGGAGUGAGGCUUGUUUGCCCCAGCCGGACCCAGUCAACAGCUGUUUGGCGUUAGCAGGGAUGUUGCAUCCGUUUCUUGACGUUAGCAACUUCAAUCUUGUUCUUUCCGUUACAGGCCUUUACAUUCUCCUAUUUGGCUUCGUCUCCCUGAAGGUCAAACAAAGAUGGUACCUUGGUGAAGCUCUGCCUGCCUUCGUGGUUGGCAUCUGCUUUGGGCCAGCUGGUGCAAAGUUACUGAAUGUUUCUCAAUGGGGAGGUGAUAGUGCCAACGAGACCAGCGAGAUAGCCUAUGGCUUGACCCGUCUCGUCAUUGGUGUUCAGUUAGUCAAAGUGGGAUAUGAACUACCCAAGAAAUACCUGAGGCAACGCAUGGUGGAGAUGACCAUCUGCCUAUUACCAUUAAUGACCAUCUCAUGGCUCGCAACUUCUGCGUGCGUAAAGCUUGUGAUCCCGCACAUCUCCUUUCUCUCAGCACUCAUUAUCAGCGCUUGCGUAACCUGCACCGAUCCAGUCCUGUCUCAGGCAAUUGCGAAAGGCCCUUUUGCUGACAACUUCGUCCGCCGACCACUGCGAGAGUUCAUCUCCGCCGAAGCAGGUGGCAAUGACGGCUUUGGGUUUCCACUCUUGUUACUCGGAGUCUCGUUCUUGCGAUACGCCGAAGCCCCAGCCAACACCCUCAGCUUGGAAGAGUUUGACCUGGAACGAGGAGUCCCAGAUGUACUCGGGACAACUGGAGUUGGACGUUUCGGCGGCGGCGCAGGCGUGGCGCUCAAACAUUGGGCUAUUGAAGGAGUUCUAUACAUGAUCCUAUUAGGUGCAGCUUACGGUGCAUUCGUAGGGUUCGUGUCCCAGAAGCUGCUGAAGAAAGCGGUCAAGCACAGGUGGAUUGAUCAUGAAAGCUUCACACUUGUCCCAGCAGCAAUUGGAUUGCUCCUUGUUGGCACGUGUGGUUGUUUCGGCUCCGACGAGACACUCGCCUGCUUCAUUGCUGGGUGUGUCUUGAACUGGAAUGGUCUUUAUCACGAAGAGAUCCAAGCUCGACAUGACUCGUUCAAUUCGACGAUGGAAACCUUGCUGAAUUUCGCAGCGUUCAUGUUCCUUGGGGCGACCAUGCCAUGGGAAUAUUUCCAACGUCCCCAUGAUACGGGGAUAACUCUCUGGCGGCUCUUUGCAUUGGGAUUCCUGAUCCUGGUGUUUCGUCGCAUCCCAGCUAUUCUGGUGGGAUAUCGCUUCAUGCCCAAGGUCUGCAGCGACUGGAGAGAGGCACUGUUCCUGGGGCACUUUGGGCCAAUUGGAAUCGGCGCGGUCUCAUACGUCGAGUACACUCGUCGACUAUUUCCUCCCCCAGGACAAAGCGACGAGGAAAUCAACAGCAUGACAGCCGCGAUGGUACCAGUCGUCUACUGGCUAGUCCUAUUCUCCAUCGUAGUCCACGGCCUGUCAGUACCAGCUCUCAACGCCCUCUACAGCAUCUUCAAAGUACCCCGUAUCUGCGAUCACCCAGUCACCGUCGUCCUUCUCUCGGAGAACGAACCUCUCCCUAACAACAGCACAAUGAAUCCCCAGCGCCACUCGAUGGUCCUCAACAACCGAUUCUCACGACCAUCAGAGAGCGAAAGCGACCAGGAACAGGAGUACAAAGAAGACACGGAAACUAUGCUUCGGUCGAGAGAAGACAGUCCCGAUCGAAGCAUAGAGCGCCUUUCAACACAGUCCAGUCGGUCGAUUAGAACCGUGGAUAUGAGAGAUCUGGUGUGAUUUGUAUCUCUACGAAGAACGAAGCAAUCAUCUCUUAUUUAUUCGUUCGUUCAUUUCAUCUUAUCUCAUCUUAUAUUCAUCGUCGUCGUCGUCGUCACUCGUCAACACGUUAUACAGCCACACCCCGUCCCUUCGCCUACUACUUAUCGCAUCCCCACACCCACAACCCCAUGAACGCCUUAUAUCAUCUCCAGAUCGAACCGAAGGUAGUUUAAACAGGGCAGGUCUAUCAUACAAUAAAGUAAUUAGCUAAUAGCCACCUUAAACACGCAGACACUGCAGGAAGAAGAGAUCCACGUACCUUUCCGCAAGAUCCACAAGUCU